AUGGCGCCUGAUGUGAUUGAUCUCGUCUCAUCCAGUCCGCCUCUGCCGACAUUACGUCGCCCAGCAGAAACGGCGGCGCCCUCCACAGUCACCGGCAUAGGCCAAGAUCACAAUGGACGGCUUCGUUCACCAGAGCUCUUUGUCUCCUCAGACUUCGAUGUACCUGACGACGAAUUACUUGGCCAAAGUCCGAGAAACGCCAAGCGAUUGCGGAUAUCGACGUCACCACUACCUCGAGCAGCUGUAGAUCCGCCUCGAGCGGCUCAGCCUCCCUUUCUCAGCACCACGUCCAACAGGCAAAACCGUCUUGAGUUUGAUCCUAUAGAGUUUACAAGCUCUUUGGAUCCAGAUGCUCCGAGGCCUCAGCAAAACGUCAUCGACCAUUCUAUCGCAGGUGCUCCAGCUGCGCGGCCUCAUAAACCAAAGCCUACAACUCAGGAUCCUCUUCAAAUCUCCCUGGGCUCUGAUCCAUUUGCCAGCUCUCCACUCUUGGCGUCUAUUACGAGUGCAAAGCAGAGGCCAGAAAAGCCAGAAAAGCCAGAACAACAUACAACGACCAUCGCCGACGAAUUUGCUGAUGCCUUUGCAAGCUCACCACUUCCUCUGCUACCACCUCCCUCACGCGGACCGCACAGACCAAAGGAGCAAACUACAGCCAUACAUACGAUAAUAGACGUGGAUGACUUCUCGGAUCCAUUCAUCAGCUCUCAAAAUGCCAAUCUGCAGCCCGCCAAAAUCCCCACACGCAGAGCAGUUUCUGUAGAAGUGGUGGAGCAUUCCCGCAAACGCAAGCACUGGGAUCCCAUCUCAAGCUCGGCCCCAGAAGAGCCUCCGCGGGCGCCACCUCAGGAAAAGACCCUGAGUGAUUCACAGAGAACUGGGCCAACAGUUAUUAGUAUCGACUCGGAUUCAGCAAACUCAUCCGAAGAUGAAUUUCCAGACAUUGCCGACUUCAACUUGUCUCGCGUCAGACCCCGCCCUCGGUCCCCCAUUCGUCGCUCUCAAAGCGAUGUAAUCACUUCAAGAAGCAGCAGGCCCCGAUCGACAGCAACAGCCACAGCCACAGCAAAGACGGCAGAACAGAGGGCGCGUGACAGAGAUGCCCAAGCUGCUGCCAAAGCUGCCGAAAAGGAGCGAAAGAGACUGGAAAAGGAGCAGCUCAAAGAAGCCAAAGCUUUGGAAAAAGAGCGCGCUGCUGCAUUGGCUGAAGUCAACAAGGUUCGCACAGACAAGAAGGUCUCAACGCCUGAAAUGAUACUGGUCAUACCAUCGAGCGUGACCGAGGGAUUAAAGGUCCAGCUGGGAGCCAUGUUGGACGGAUUAAGCGUCGAACAUACUACCUGGGAAAGCCCUGUCGCCAACGCCUUCAAGUGGCGGAGAAAGGUUACCAGUCGAUUUGACGAAGAGAUGGGGCGUUGGGAGCCUAUUCCACCGCGGAUCAUACCUGAAAAGCAUGCCUUGAUUCUUCUUACAGCAGAAGAGUUUGUCGAAAUGGCUGUCAGCGACACUCUAGACUCCAGUGUGUCAGAGGUCAAGAGACAUUUCCCCGGACACGAACUCAUCUACAUCCUCGAGGGCAUAACGCCUUGGAUGAGGAAGAAUCGCAACCUCCGAAACCGCAGGUUCGCAGCUGGAGUGCGUGCACAGGAUCAAGCUGCUCCGGAAGCUACUCCAGCCUCCCGCAGACGCCGUAACAAUGCUACCGCCGAGGAGUACAUAUCGGAAAGCAUCGUCGAAGACGCCAUGCUGCAGCUACAAGUCGAGCAUGAAGUAUUGAUUCACCACACCGCCGCACCGCUUGAGACUGCGCAGUGGAUUGUUGCCUUUACUCAGCACAUCUCGACCAUUCCGUACAAGAAACUGCGCGAAAAAUUGACUUCUUCGGCGGGCUUUUGCAUGGAGAGCGGACAGGUUCGCACGGGUGACGAUGCUCGCGAUACGUAUGUCCGUAUGCUGCAGGAGAUUGCGCGCGUCACGGCUCCGAUAGCUUAUGGUAUUGUCUCGGAAUUUGAAACGGUGAGCAAGCUUGUGACUGGGCUUGAGCAGGGAGGGCCUCUGAGAUUGGAGGGCGUGCGGAAGAGUGCGAAUAAAGACGGUGCUGUUUCGGACAGGACUGUGGGACAGGCUGUGAGUAGGAGGAUUCACAAGGUGUUUACGGGGAAGGAUGAGAUGAGUACGGAUGUAUGA